AUGGCUGACGUCUCCAUCAAGAAAAUCUCUCCGAAGCUCGGGGGAGAAAGAGGAACCCGAAACCCUAGAGGCCCAAGUUCUUCACAUGACCUCGUAGAGCAAAUGGAGUUUCUUUACGUGGAAUUAACAAAAGUGGAGCAUGUACCCCAGACAUGUAUCCCCAUCGUCGACAUCACUCUCGGAAACUACAAUUCCUCUACCAGAGAUCUACCAGUUAGACCUAACUGGGAGUGGAACCAAGUCUUUGCUUUCGACAAAUCCAAAGCCGAUGUCUUGUCCUUCUCUCUGAAAGACGGUUAUACAAAUACUGAGAUUGGCAAACGAAGUUUCAAGCUGCCCGCGGAUAUUCCGUCAAGGGUUCCCCCCGAUGCAAGAAUAGCGGCAACGAAUUACGACAUGCAGAACACUGGCAUGAAAUUAGUGAUGUCGAUUUGGUUCGGUACACAAGCCGACGAGGUCUACUCAACCGCUUGGUUUUCGGAUACGUGUGGUGUGAGUGCUAGUUGCGUGAAAAACACGCGACCUAAUAUCUACCUAGCUCCAAUGCUCUGCUACCUUAGGGUUACGAUUGUUUCAGGUCACGAUUUGAUUUCCCACGACGGAAGACGGCCUCCUUCAGCUUUCGUGGAGGUACAAGUAGGUGAACAAAAACUAAAAACCGGGAUCUCUACCGGUUCGAACCCGUCGUGGAAUCAAGAUCUCAUCUUCGUCGCAUCGGAGCCGUUAGAAGAUCUAGCAGUCACCAUCGAAAUAUGGGACAAGCUCGAUGAUCAACACAACCAAUUGAUAGGAACCUACCACGUCUUCGACGAAUGCAGCCAAUACUGCAGCGACUAUCGCCCUUUCGCCAAAGGGCUAUGGCCUGGCGUGCUGGGCAAGUUAGAGGUCGGGAUCUUGGGAGCUACAGGGUUAACCCCGAUGAAGAACUCGCAGUUUCAGAGACACGCUUACACUGUAGCCAAGUAUGGGAACAAAUGGGCAAGGACUCGAACCGUGGUCAACAAUGCGUCUCCCAAGUGGAACGAGCAGUGCUCAUGGGAUAUUUACGAGAAGUGCACCGUCUUCACGAUUGGCCUCUACGACAACCAUCAGUUAGUGGUGAAUAGCGGCCUUGAUGAUGUUCCGAUCGGGAAAGUGAGGAUUCCGUUGAGUAAGCUGGACUGGAACAAGAUCUACACGGGCUCGUUUCCGAUCUUGGUGUUGGGGAAAGAAGGGUUGAAGAAAACCGGUGAGAUCCAGCUGGCGAUCCGAUGCGCUAUUCCUCCGCCAGCGUGGUUGUUUUUCUCGCCGUCCUACUUUUUGGCUACGUCUCCUUUCCGUUGGAUGCUGCCGAAGUCUCAUUACAAGGCCCCUUUGGGGCUGCUUCAGUACGAAGACCUGAGGUCGAAAGCCGUUGAGGUGAUAUGUUUUAACUUGAAUAAAACAGUGCCGAAGUUGAGAAACGAGGUGGUCAAGGACAUGUUGAAGCCGAGGAGUAAGAGGUUCAGUAUGAGAAGAACCAUAGCUAAUUUCGAGAGGCUGUGUAGAUUCUUCAUGUGGUUGUAUGGCCCGUAUGCUUGGCUGGAUGCGAAUCUGGUCUCCACGACGGAUGUUGGUCGGAAAGCGGUUACGUUUGGUGUCUGUUUCCUACUUGUUGUUGGCCAUCGCUUUUUUUUGUGGUUGUUGGUGGAUUGGUGGUUAUAUGCGUAUAUCGGUGGGGUUUAUAUUCUUUACCGAGUGUACAAGCUCAGGACCGUAGCGUUUAACAUGAUCAUGAAUCGGAGCAACCCUGCUACUCCUUUGGUUCUGGUGGAUUUGAAGCUGUCGAAGCUGGACUCUCCCAACCUAGACAUAUUAGACGAGGAGUUUGACUCGAUGCCAUCGUCGGAGUCUGACGUGUACGUGCUUAGGAUGAGGUACGAUAGGAUGAGGAAGAUGGGGGAGAAAAUCAUGUUGUUAGUGGGAGAUUUUGCGUCGCAAUGCGAAAGGCUUCAAGCGUCCUGGAGGUUAUGUACCGACCAUAUAGUCGUAGUAAUUUGCUUGGUGUUCCUCGGUUACGGAGUUCUUCGGUUACUCCAGUCUGAGACUGAGUAUGUGUUUAAGUCUGUCCUUCUCCUCUUUAUUUCCUAUUGGCUUAAAUUCCCGUGGCAUCGCUACGGUUUGCCAAGCGCCACCAAGAACUAUAUCAGAAGAUUUUCAUCCCACGAAGACCUCAUCAUCACCUGA